AUGACGCCCUCGCCUGGACCCCAGGUCAACACCACCGAGGUGCGUCGUCCUCGCUCCAGCCAGACCGUCUCCUUCUCCGUCGACGAGGGCAACAAAUCAAGCCAUGGAACCGACUCGACAAGUCUGCAGUUGGCCGUCUCCGAGUGCAUAGAGACCACAACAACAACCACCACCACGACAACCAAACGCACUUUCCCCCCCGUCUACCUGCGCGAGGUUCGUCCCCUCCACGAGCUCGACUCUAAGGAAUAUCCUCUCGCCUCCAAGCCUUUGCCUCCCGAACUCGCAAACUUUUCUUUUAGUGUCACCGGCUCCUCCUCCGAUGCCAUGGUCGAUAACCCCUUCGUCUACAAAAAGCGCAAGGCACCGCUUGCUGCCGAGAGGCAACCCGCAGGCAUCCUCAAAGAAGACGAGUCGAGUCAAGAAUCCCCCCGACGCACAGCCAGGUCUACUUCAGAUGCCCAUCACCGGAGAUCGCGUCGGUCGAAUCAUCGUGAGGCUUCGCCGUCCUACAACCCGUCCCCCGUCCUGCCCUCGCGGCCGUCGAGAAACCCCAGGCCCACUGGACUCGCCUUCCCUGAAGACCAUUCCCAGAGGCUUCGACGUCAGCUCACCCUGGGCAAGCAAAGCGGCUACUUGGCCACCCCAGACACUUCUGAGGUCGUCGGUUCCACUUCCGAACGCACUACCAGACCCCGAUCUCUUCUUCUUGACCGCGCGAGCCACACGCCCCCCGAGUCGGGUCCGAGCGAAACAACCUUGCAGGAGGCCGCCAGUCCCAUCGGCAGCGAUGCCCUUACUGUCUUCAGCAGUAAUGUUGCUACUCCGCCCAUCACUGAUGCCGACCCCGAGCCCUUUGUCGACGAUGAGUCGUUGCAGCAGUCCCUCAGAGCCGUUGGCCACCGGCCCUCCAUCGAUGCCGUGGCUGCGCAGGAUGCGAGCCUCCCUAGUCCGAGACUUUCGCCGACGCUCGCCGCCGCCCAGCUGAACUCGAGAGACUCGGAUGAUGAGGACGCAGGGUCGCCGCAGAGUAGCAUUGUGGCCAGACGAAAUGUUAGCUUCCGGAACCAAUCGUGGUUGAAUGAAUCACAGACCACCGAAGAGGGUGACUACGUCUCCGACAUGUCCAUCGUUGCCGAUGACAGCACAUAUCCACUCGACAACCUCGAUGCCCACACCGCCAUGAUGAAUGCGCGCACCAUGAUGGAGGGCUUUGACUCGAUGCCCAACGAGAUGAAGAGCUUCAUCAUGUACAACCUACUCCGUCGUUGCCCUCGAAAGACCCUGCGUCUCGUCGCCGAUGUCGUCACCCCCGCCUUGAAGUGCGAUUUCCUUAAGCAACUCCCCCUCGAGCUGAGCUUCCAUGUACUGUCAUUCCUCGACCAUCGUGACCUGUGCAGAGCUGCGCAAGUUUCGAAGCACUGGCGGAACAUCGUUGAUACGAACGAAACCGGGUGGAAGGAGCUGUUCGACCGUGAUGGUUUCACACUCCCCCCCGGCGAACUUGAUAAAGCCAUCGUCCAGGGCUGGGGUUGGCAAGAUCCUGUUGGUGUCACUGGUGCAGAGGUCGACUUGAGACCGUUGGGCCGGCUCGAGUCGGCCGAUAACGAGCUCACAAAAUCGGUCAAGAACGAUUCAACAAUCAAGCUCCGGAGCUCCAAGCGCAAGCGGGCUCUCAACAUGUCGAGUGCCGACCGGUCGAAGCGCAGGGCUAGCGGCCAGGACGCCGCUCGCUUGGAGGCCAUGCAGUCAGAGGUGAAGCAACACAAGUCUGAGGGGCCGCUUUCGGCUGCUAAUGCCGCUGCGGCUGCUGUGCCCAACCCGAAGACGAGCAUUCCAGGACUUCAGAAACUGCACCUUUUCAAGUCUCUCUACCGGCGCCACUACAUGAUUCGGCAAAGUUGGACAAGUGGAAAGGUGAAGCCCGGUCAUGUUGCCUUCGCCGCUCACCCCCGCCAUGUCAUAACAUGUCUGCAAUUCGACGAGGAUAAGAUCAUUACCGGAAGUGAUGACACUUUGAUCCACGUCUAUGACACCAAGACCGGCAAGCUUCGCAAGAAGCUCGAGGGCCACGAGGGUGGUGUCUGGGCACUGCAAUACGAAGGCAAUAUGCUUGUGUCCGGAUCGACCGACCGUUCUGUUCGGGUAUGGGAUAUCGAAAAGGGCCUUUGUACCCAGGUCUUCUACGGCCAUACCAGCACUGUUCGCUGCCUGCAGAUUCUGAUGCCGACCGAGACCGGCAAAGGGCAUGAUGGCAAGUCUAUCAUGAUGCCGCCGAAGCCCCUGAUCAUCACGGGAUCUCGCGACAGCCAGCUCCGCGUCUGGCGCCUGCCCGAGGUUGGGUCUCGUCGCUACAUCCAGACCGGUCCCCCAGCGAAUGAUGCCGACUGCCCAUACUUUAUUCGGACACUUUCCGGGCACACCCACUCCGUCCGCGCUAUUUCCGCCCACGGCGAUACUCUUGUCAGUGGCAGUUACGACAGCACAGUCAGGGUCUGGCGUAUCAGCACUGGCGAAUCCCUCCACGUUCUUCACGGCCACUCGCAGAAGGUCUACAGCGUUGUACUUGACCAUCAGCGUAACCGCUGCAUCUCAGGUUCCAUGGAUUCUCUCGUCAAGAUUUGGGACCUUAAUACCGGAGCGUGCCUGCAUACCCUUGAAGGACAUAGCUUGCUUGUUGGUCUGUUGGACUUGCGUGACGAACGACUGGUGUCGGCAGCCGCCGACAGCACUCUGCGCAUCUGGGACCCGGAGAAUGGAAAGUGUAAGAAUGUCCUGACAGCCCAUACUGGUGCCAUUACAUGCUUCCAGCACGACGGCCGAAAGGUUAUCUCGGGAAGUGAGAAGACGGUCAAGAUGUGGGACAUUCGCACCGGCGAGUGUGCGCAGGAUCUCUUGACCGAUCUUAGCGGAGUUUGGCAGGUCAAGUUUGAUGAGCGGCGCUGUGUUGCUGCUGUUCAGCGUGACAGCUUGACUUAUGUUGAGAUCCUUGACUUUGGCGCUGUCCGUGAUGGCAAGCCUCUUUCAGAGCUUGGCGAACGCAAGCUUCUCAAUGAGCCAGAGGUUAGAGCGCUUUUGGCUGAAGACUUAUAA